ACUAUUUUUGUUUUUGUAUUUCAAAAUGGCCGGGGACCUCGACAAUGCGAACCCUGUCAUUUAUCAAAAAGCCAAGGACAGGGAUAUUCUGCCAGAAAAUGAAGACGAAGACGUAGUUGAUGAAAUAGACACAAGAGAAGUGUUUGAUCUUAUUCGCAUUAUUAAUGACCCUGAACAUCCCCUGUCUCUUGAGGAGCUGAAGGUCGUGGAAGAGUCAAGAGUUCAGGUGAGUGACCAGGACAACUAUGUGAAGAUUGAGUUCACCCCCACCAUCCCUCACUGCAGCAUGGCUACACUCAUCGGACUGUCCAUUCGGGUCAAGCUCAUCAGGUCACUGCCAGCUAGGUUCAAGGUUGAUGUGAGCAUUACACCAGGAACCCAUGCAUCAGAAGAAGCAGUAAACAAGCAGCUGGCAGACAAGGAGAGAGUUGCAGCAGCCCUGGAAAACUCACACUUGCUGGAGGUGGUCAACCAGUGUCUUUCUGCACGGAGAUAGGCACUGAGGGGAUAUCUAAUCAGUUUCACCCAUACAAUAGCUCUUGCAUGAAGAUGCCAAACUUUCCUUCGACUCUGUCAGAUGUACUGACAAAUCAACCAGUCAACACUGAGGCUUGUAAUUCUUUGUAGCAGCAAGGCAUGCAUUCAGGCUGCAAACAUAAUUUCUAUAUCACAAAAUAGACAUAAAUAUGCAGUGCCAAUAAAUAAAAGAGCCAUUAAUAUAGCGUGGAUGUUUUGUACACCAUGACAUCAACACACAAGACUGUGCUAACAAGAGCAUUUAUUUCUUCCGUGUGGGUGUUCCACAUCAUGUCUGAGUGUUUGACGUUCUUUUCAAAUCUUCAUGCAGAGAGGUAUUAUUAGAGAGUAAAAUGUUUGAUCAUCAUCAGUUUGAGUGAGAUUAUUGUGAUGGGAAUCUCAGAUUGUUGCUGCACAAAUAUAUUUAUCACCACAACCAGAACAUGCUUCUCAUUGAUAGG